AAACAAAAAAAAUCAAUAAAAAAUACAAAAAUUAACAACCUGAUUCCCGCUUUCCAGUUUAUUUUAGCCGCGUUUCGCGUGUGUUGCACCUUUACCCACACAUAUGUGUGCACGUGUGUUAGUGGCUUUUGUAUUUCUAUACAUUCACAACGUUCAUACAAGAUUUUGGUGUAUCGAAGACAAAUGUUAAUCAACGAUGGCCACAUUAGGCCUGUCAAAAGUUUUCAUUCUGGAUAAAUAUUUCACCGAAUUGCAGAAGUUUUGGGAGACCGAGAAAAAGUUGCAAGACGCAUCCUCAUCCAAUGAAGCCGUGCACUUGCAGCAGCGUCUCAAGAGCCUCAGCACUGAAUUAGUCACCCUACGCAAUCGGCUGCAUGUUGGACAGGGACAACAAAACAACAACAACAGCAAUAAUAAUAAUAACAAUAGCAACAAUAACAACAACAAUAGCCAUAACAACACCAGCAAUUGCAAUGUCACAACGGUGAGUAACUUACAACAGCACCAACAACAACAACAACAACAGCAGCAGCAUGUCAACAACACAGCUGGCUUGACCGGCCUCAAUUUGCAUGCAUCCACACCGAAUUUGCACAACAGCACGCAGCAUCUGAACAAUAGUAACACAACAACAACAAAUUGCAUAAAUAAUAACAGCUUGCAACAGCAUCAGCAGCAGCAGCAACAGCAACAGCAACAACAAUUGCAAUUAACACACUCCACACUAAUUCCCACACACGGCAGCAAUAGCAGUAAUAACAAUAACAACGCCAUUAACAAAUCUAAUAGCGGCAAUUGCAAUAGCAACAACAACAACAACAACACUAAUAAUAACAAUGUAUCCUUGACAUCAUGCAAUAACGUCAACAGCACAAACACCGCAUUUACGCACAUCAAUAGCAAUAACAGCAACAACAACAAUAAGUCACAUUUGCACAGCUUUAGCCACACAUUGCCACAUAAUUCAACGCUUUCCGCCGGCAACACAGCGACUUUGCCGUCCGGCGCCGCUGCGGGCAUCGUUUCCACACGCAACACUUCCAUACCACAUCCAUUGCCGUCAACUAUACAACAACAACAGCAACAGCAUCAUCAACAGCAACAGUCACACCACCAACAACACCAGCAGCAGCAGCACCUGCAGCAACAACAUAACGCGCACACGCUUCCAAUGCGCUCCUCGGCCAGCAUUGGCGCGCACGUCCAUCACCUUAGCCACCAUAAUUUGCCACCCUUCAUACCGAUUGCCCAGAAGCAUCCAAGCGCCAGUCAUGGCAGCAGUUUCAGCAACAUUGUCGCACCCUUCGGCUACAGCAACACCAAUGUCGAGCAGCGCAAUGUGAGCAACAACUUUUUGGGCAGCCUACAAACACACCACAACAAUGCGGGUCAUAACAACAACAGCGUUGGCAAUGGCGGCGCACACAAGCAGCCGCGUGAGAUCGAGGACCUGAUACAUCUACCCGGUCCACUGACCGAGGAUGCCGUGAUGCGCACGCUGCAGGCGCGCUUCAACGACAAUUGUUACUUUACCAACGUCGGCCCCAUACUGCUCUCCAUCAAUCCCUAUCGUGAUGUUGGCAAUCCGCUCACACUCACCUCCACCCGCUCAUUACCGCUGGCGCCGCAGUUGAACAAGAUCGUGCAGGAGGCUGUACGUCAGCAGACGGAGACCGGUUAUCCGCAAGCUAUUAUACUUUCCGGCACUUCGGGUGCCGGUAAGACGCACUGUUCGAUGCUGCUGCUACGUCAGCUAUUCGCUGUCGCUGGUGGUGGUCCCGAGACGGAUGCGUUUAAACAUUUAGCUGCCGCCUUUACGGUGCUACGUUCUUUGGGUUCCGCUAAGACCACAACUAACUCGGAAUCGAGUCGCAUUGGCCAGUUUAUCGAGGUGCAGGUCACUGAUGGCGCCCUCUAUCGCACUAAAAUACACUGUUACUUUUUGGAUCAGACACGUGUAAUACGUCCGCUGCCGAAGGAGAAGAACUAUCAUAUCUUCUAUCAAAUGCUUGCCGGUUUGAGUAGAGAGGAACGUAUUAAGUUGAAUUUGGAGGGGUAUUCGCCGGCGAAUUUACGUUACUUGCAAAGCGGCGAUAUUGUGCAGAAUGAACAGGAGGAUGCUGCACGCUUUCAAGCCUGGAAGACUUGUUUGGGCAUCUUGGGUAUACCGUUUUUGGAUGUGGUGCGUGUACUUGCCGCUGUUUUGCUGCUGGGAAAUGUGCAAUUUAUUGAUGGACAGAGCCUCGAAGUGGACGUCAAAGGUGAAGCCGAACUGAACUCCGUCGCCAGUUUGUUGGGCGUGCCGCCAGCUGCGCUCUUCCGCGGACUCACCACGCGCACACACAACGCACGUGGUCAGCUGGUGAAGUCUGUCUGCGACGCCAAUAUGUCCAACAUGACACGCGACUGCCUCGCGAAAGCGCUCUACUGCCGCACCGUAGCCACCAUUGUAAGACGCGCCAACAGUCUGAAAAGACUUGGCUCCACAUUGGGCACUUUGAGCUCCGAUUCGAAUGAGUCGGUACACAACCAGGCGGAUGUCGCAUCACAGCACGCCUCUACUAUUGGCGGCAACUCUGGUUCGAAAUCAAUGGCGGCCUUAAAUAAUGCUGUACGUCACGCCACGGAUGGUUUUAUUGGCAUAUUGGAUAUGUUCGGCUUUGAGGAACCAUCACACGCACAAUUAGAACAUCUCUGCAUCAAUUUGUGCGCCGAAACUAUGCAGCAUUUCUACAAUACGCACAUCUUUAAGUCUUCGGUGGAGUCUUGUCGUGAUGAGGGCAUUGUUUGCGAUGCUGAGGUGGACUAUGUGGAUAAUGUGCCCUGCAUCGAUUUGAUAUCCUCGCUACGCACCGGCUUGCUAAGCAUGCUGGACGCUGAGUGCUCCAUACGCGGCACCGCCGAGAGUUAUGUCGCCAAGAUUAAGGUGCAACAUCGCAACUCAACGCGGCUGGAGACGAAGCACGCGAGCGAACCUUAUGAUCCGCGCAUGUUUAUGAUACGUCAUUUUGCCGGGCGUGUUGAAUACGAUACCACCGACUUUCUGGACACAAAUCGUGAUGUGGUGCGUGAUGACUUGGUCGCCGUCUUCUACAAGCACACCUGCAAUUUCGGCUUUGCCACACAUCUCUUCGGUUCGGAGCUGAAGGCAUUGUACGCACUGCAGAAUGUGCCACGCGGUCUCAGCUUCCGUAUUUCACCCACAUCACAUACGGAUCUAUUGAAUGGCGACGAACCGGUCUCGACGCUCACGCAAGACUUCCACACACGUUUAGACAACUUGCUGCGCACGCUGGUGCACGCGCGUCCACAUUUUGUGCGCUGCAUACGCAGCAAUGCCAAUGAAACGGCCGGCUGCUUCGAGCGCAAGAUGGUCGUCCGGCAGAUACGUUCACUGCAGGUGCUGGAGACCGUUAACCUAAUGGCAUCUGGUUUUCCGCAUCGCAUGCGCUUCAAGCAGUUCAAUGCGCGUUAUGUCGCUAUGUUGGCGCCGUUUCGCCUGCAUCGUCGCAGCGAGGAUAAGGCGAUGGAAGAUUGCAAUCUCAUUUUAGAGUUUGCCAUGGAGAAUCCGCCGGUGUUGGAUGGUUCCGUCACGCUCGCUUGGGCGCCUGGCAAGCGCCAUGUAUUCCUUAGCGAGGGCAUGCGUCAGCAUUUAGAACAUCUGCGCGCGGAGAUACGCACCAAGAGCGCCACAUUGAUACAGGCCACCUGGCGUGGCUGGCAGUGGCGCAAGAAGAUGGGCGGUGUGAAGCGUACGCGCGGCGUUAAUGGCGUCAUAACUAUGCUACCGACUGCGUCAAGCGCAACCAAACUGACGAAGUUGUUGCCCAACAGCGGCGCUAAUUCGCUACCGCGUCUAUCGGCGAAAUCUACAAAUCUUAUGGGCACCGUAACGCGUCCACGUCCGCAACCAAUCGCAGGCACACCACCACCUGAUCCGAAUGAGAAAUGCGACACAAAGAUAAUCCAGCAAACCUGCAGCCUAUUCGGAUUAGAUUUGGAACGUCCGCCACCCGUGCCGCCGUCACGUGGCUACACCAUCGCUGGCAGCCUGAAGCUCAGCUAUCCGCAGAGUCGCAUCAUGAAAAUGAAUUUCCCCGAGGAUCCACCCAUCGUUAAUCCGGCCGAACAACAGUUGCAGCAACAGUUGAAGAAGGGUGAAGCCGUCAGCGUUGUGGGCGCCUCAUCGUGUCGCGGACACUUGAUUGUCGAGCACAAAGGUCAGAGUUACCACGUACCGUUUCAGUAUAUGGAGUUGUUGCGUCCGUCUAUGCCAGCUGGCAAUGUGGUUGUUGCUGCUGGUGGUGGUGGCGGCAGUGGUGGCUGCGGUGUCACCAAUAAUCCAAAUAAUGCUGCUAGUGUUAAAAACAACAACAAUAGCAACAAUAUGGCUAAUAAAAAUAGCAGCAGCACUGGCAAUUUGACUAACAAUUGCAAUGCCAAUAACAAUGUUGGCGUAAAUAACGGUAAUAGCGGCAACACGAACAACAACAACGCCAGCAACACCUCGGCAGCUGUCAAAAUUUGAAGGGGCGACGCGUUGUAGUGCAUGCAGCCAAUUGACGUGUGCGGCAGUCGGCAGCGCAGCUGUGACCACCAAAACAAAUCGAAACGGCUUCCGUGGCAGCGCGAGUUUGCUGUGUGUGCUGCAGUGCAUAUCCGUUGAGGAAUUUAUGUGGCUGCAAUAUCAACAAUUUCGCUUUUUUUCUUUUUAUUACACAAAGACUGUAAAUAUAUUUUGUAGAUUUAUGCACUAGCGUGUAUAUAAACAGACAGGCGUAGCUGUAAAAUAAGUGGUUAGUAUGAGUAAGGCAUAAUAUAAUAUAUUACAAGGGGUGUUCCAAAGUAAACAGGACUUUUUGAAACUAGCGCCCCCUGG